AUGAAGACCAUUCUCAUACUCAUUACGCUAAUGGCCAUGCUUCAAUGCAAAACCUACAAGAUGGGUGCUCGUUCGUCGGGCCAGACUUUUGCUCUCCUGUUGGACACCGGCUCGUCGAACCUCUGGGUGAUCGAUGACAGCUGCGACACGGAGGCUUGCGAUGGUUAUAUCGGCAGCAUUUAUACCAGACGCAAGUUUAACGCAACAGCAUCGUCAACGUUCCAUACGGAGAACAGCACAAUCACUAUUCAGUAUGGUUCUGGGUGGUGUUAUGGACAACUCGCAAUGGAUACCCAAGAGUUCCUCGAUGCUGAGGAUAUCGCCGAUAUUUUUGGCUACAUGCCAUUUGACGGCAUCUUUGGGCUUGCUUGGCCAGCGAUUUCUGUGGAAAAUGUCACUCCACCGAUGCAGAACCUUCUUCCUACCCUUGACAAACCUCUGUUCACCAUCUGGUUGGACAGGAAGGUUAUCUCUGACACGGGUACUUCAUGGAUCGGAGGACCACUCUACAUCAUGUACGCAGUGGUCAAUCAGACAGAUGCACAGUACAAUUGGAGGUAUGGAAUCUACACCGUUGACUGCUCGACAAUGAUGCACCAACCGGAUAUGCAGUUCACCAUCAAUGGUGUGACAUACAACAUAACAUCCGAAGAGUACAUACUCGAUCUUGAGCUUGGAGGCGGAGAGGUAGGUGUGCCGUCUAUAACACAAAAAUUUGUGCCAAUAUGA